CUUUGUUCUUUGCUUAUACCGGCUUAAAUAAAAUAAACUGUUAUAUUUUUAAAAAUAUGGAUGAAACGAUAUUAUUUCCGUCACCUAAUUGGUUCCAAGUUUCUGGAUUUGCAGUGUCAAAAGAUGGUUGGUUAGUUUAUGGGGGCCCAACAAGCAACAGCUUGUGUAUUGUAAAACCUCAAGAAGGAAUUCUACAGAAAAACACAUCUUAUCAAACUCAAUAUGUCUGUAAAGCACACAAAGGAAAAAUAGUAAGCGUGGACAUAUCAAGGGAAUGGCCUGAAAAAAAACUAAUAUUAACUGGGGGUGUUGAUGGCAUUGUUAAACAGUGGGAUGUUGAUCAGUUUGAUAAAAAUGGCAAAAUUAAAUCAACUCAUUCUCAUGCUAUUCACAAAAAUGAAAAAGAGGAAGUGGUUGGUGUUGCUUACAGUAGUGAACCAUUUGCAGUAACUGUUGGUAGUUUUGGGAAUGUUGUGAAAUGGGAUCUUAAUACAAAUAUUGCUAAAAAUUAUAAUAAUUUCCUCAAAACUUUUAAACCAAGUUGUGUUGCUUGCUCACCUCACAUUCCAUUAAAUGUAGCCAUCGGUACCAAACAAGGAGUCAUUUUUGUUUUAGAUUUAAAUAAUCAUGGGAAAAUCAUAUACAAAAUUAGAGGGCAGGACGAUGAAGUUAUCAAUAUAUCAUGGUGUCCACAAUAUAAAAUCAUAAUCAGAAGAUCUUUCGAUGCUUCUUCAAUAAAGAAAUCUACUGCAACAGAGAGAUUAGAAAAGAUAAAAUCAGAAGUUGAAAAAGCUGAUGUAAAUUUAAACAAUUCAGCUAUUGCCAAGAACCUACCAGAAGACAGUUUCGAUGACACAAUUGUUCAGGAAGAUGAUAUGUUUGAUAUAUACAAAGAUCACGAAGCAGAUGAGUUUGGUCACAAAAAGUUUGAACCAAAAAAUAUAAUAGUUAAAGUUAAAGAAGAGAAGGAGAGUGAGGACUUUUUAACAGAAUGUCUAAAGCUCAAAGAAGAUAUAUUAAAAAAGAAAAGUGAACUGGAACCAACAAUAGCUAAUCUGGUUGAUGCUUUAGAUAAAACACAUGUAGAUAGUGAUAUUUCAGAUUCAGAAGAAAAAGAGAAUGAUACUAAAGAAUCACCUUCAGGGGAUGAAAAAGAAACGCAAACAAAACUAUUAGGUGAUUCUACCAUACACACAUACAGACAUCUUUUAGCAACUAUUGGAAAAUAUGGUGGCGUCCGGAUAUGGUCUAAAACAGGCAAAAUUGUGGGUAGCUGUGCUGUACCAAAUUCAGUAAAUAAGAAUCAGAGAAAUAAGAGACCGAAUCCAAAUUCAAACUCCUUAUUGUGGUACAAACCUGAUGUUCUCCUUAUUGCUGAUGGAAAGAGUCAGCUAUUGCAGUGUAAUCCAUUAAAAGUUGACUGUAAGAACAAACUUGAGUGGAGUGUGCUGCACACUUUCCAUAAACGCGGCUUAUUUUGUAUCGCGACAGAUGCUCCGCGCGUUCAGUCGGAGGAUCAGCCAAGCGAUCGGUCACAGGACGAUUGGAAAGUAUGGACGGUCGCGCAGGAUCGGAAUAUGGUGUGUUAUUCUUUUGAGAAAAAACAAAAACUUGCCACGUACAAUACAUGUGGAAAUUUUAUAUAUACGUUGCAAAGUUGUCCGUAUGAUGCGAAAAAAAUAGCAGUGAGUGUAGGGGAUGGCGCUGUACGUGUGUGGGAAUCUGAUUUAUGCGAGGAGGAUGGAUUAAAACUGUCUUUAGAAAAUGUUUUGUUAUUUUGGCGGAACGUCCAGGGAAAAGUGUUAACUUCUAUGUGGCAUCCGACUAAGGAAAACUUAUUAGCAUUCGCUACAGCUGAAUCGAGGAUUGGUAUAAUAGAUUCAAGUAAAUGUGAACGACCUGCCAAAAAUUUAUUACCGGGUGUUGGCGGGGCAAUAUAUUCUCUAAGUUGGGGAGACGAGUUUGAUCUGUAUGCUUGUGGUAGCGGUAAUUUGGUGUUGUAUCACACUGACGAGCCUGAACAAGCUCCAGAAGCAAUAGAGGUAGAGUUUGAAGGUAAAAAGUUUCAAUUCAGCUCAGUGGUUUGGUAUCCGAUGGGUCUGGUGUGUGGUAGUUGUAAUGGCGCCGUUGCUGUUCUGAACCCGGUAACCCAUGAGCUUGUCACUGUGGCCUAUGUUUUCAGCAAAAUGAUUCACAUUACCGCUUGGCAUCCACAACAGACGUCUAGUUCUAGUGAAGAAUCUCCAUACAAAAAUUUAAUAGCUGUUUCAUCAUUGGAUAAGGAAAGCUUUAUCGCUGUACUCGAAUAUACUGACAAAGGAGAUGGUCCUAAACUACAUCCUUGGAAAAAUCUCAAUGGUCACCUGGAACCAGUAUGCCAAGUGUCAUGGAAUCCACACAAGGAUGGUCUUCUUUUGUCCACUUCAUACGAUAGCACAGUCCGAGUAUGGGAUGUACCGGAAGGCAAAUGUAUCGCCAUUUUCAAUGGGCACUAUAAUGCUUCGUUUUGUGCAUGCUGGAGUGCGUUUCCACAACUUCCGUCUACUAUAAUGUCUGGUGGAGCGGAUUGCUGUUUAAGACUGUGGAAGUAUGAAAACUAUCCACCGGAAGCUUAUUCAGAAAUCAACCAUGAAAUAACGUUAAAAGAGAAAAGGAAAGAGAGGAAAGAGAAAAAAAAAGAAGAAAAGAAAUCAGCAGAAAUAGCAGCAGAAGAAAAAAGUACUGAUGAUGAAUUAACAGACGGACUAAUCGCAACAAAUGUGGAUGUUAAUGCGAGAACAAAAGUGUCAAAACGAUUCCUGCUACCAACGAUACAUCGACAAAUGACUCUCUGUACCACAAUACAAACUGUUCAAAAGUUUGCGGAAAAAUUUAUUUUACAAUCUGAUAAUGUACAAUCAAAUGUUGAAUUGCAAUCACCCGAUCAAUGUGAAGGGAAAAGUGAAUUGAAUGUUGUCAAAGAGGAGAAAGUUGAGGAUGUAGAUUUCACUAAUAUGUUUGGUAGCACAAACGAUAUCAACAAUCUGCUUGAUAUGGAGAUGCGAAAACACAUUGAGAAUGACAGAUUCGAGGCAAUGAUUAUGUUAUCGAUGUUCCGCGGUCAUAUCGACUCGAUGAUCCAGUUGGCGACGCAGAGGGACGCACUCUGUCCGUUUCUGGUCAGCCUGUCGCCGUGUGUGUCCUUCAAAUAUUGGAAAACUGUAACACAGCUGUAUUUGGCUCAAAUUGAAAGGCUUAUAGCUAAAUCAGAACAAAAAAAGUUAUGGGAAAAUAGGCACUACGGCGGUCAAAUUUACCGAAAAGUGGCGCUACUGCUUAGCAUACACGACGUGAAGGGUGCUGUUACAGCACUUACGGACGCUAAGCUAUACAAGGAGGCCUACAUACUUUCUAAGGCUAGGCAUAUGGAUAGUAUAGCUGAGGAAACAUUAAAAAUGUGGACGGCAGAGUGUUCAUACUCAGGAUAUAUAAACAUGACUGCUAUUUGUUACCUUGGCUUAGGAGAUGUGUACAAUGCAGCUGUGACUUUAGCUAAGUCAAAUGAUCAAGAGACUCUCAGUUUAGCCGCAAAGCUCGCUAAGGUCGCUGGACAACCGACAUACGCUAACCACAUUGAAGAUAAACGAUCUCAAAUCCAAAGCGAAACGCAGGAAAAAGAAGCCGAGGAUUUAAAAACACUGCCUUUUAAAAUAGAUCUGUUGAUGAAAAAUGUCGAAAUAACAAAUGAAAAUGAUAUUAAGUCCAAUGAAGAGUAACAAAUUAUAACAAGGCGUAUGCAUGCAUGUUAGAAAAUUAUUUUACUAAAAUAUUGUUUAUUAGUUAAUGUGAUCUUACUAAAUUCUUAAUUAAAUUAGAAUUUUAUUUAGAAGAUCAUUAAACGUUAUAAGAGUAUUUUUUUAGUUAAAUAUUCCACAUGGAUUUGUUUUAAAAACAAUUUCACUCAAGUAUAAACAAAAACAUAUAUUAAUAGGACAAAAUGUGUUGUACUUCUAUUUAAAUACUUCCUACUUUGAU